AUGAAAUUCUCAGUUAUUACUCUUCUUGUUUAUACAGUUAUUGUACAAUCUACCAUUCUUCUAGAAACAGUUAUAACUUUAGCCGAUAUUCCAAUUUCCAUUACUCUCAAUAGUAUUGUUUCUAAUUCUAGCGAAUUUCAUUUUAAUGGAAAAUUUGAUACUUCCGGAAUAUUGGUUAAGUAUAUUAGAAUAUUGAUAAAAGUGAUUGGAAUGGCUAUUAUAAAGGGUAUUCAAUUUUUAACCAAAAUAGCUAUUAAGCCCAUAAGGAAUUUUCUUAAAAAUCCAGAUUAUAGGAAAUACCCUGUUACUAUUUGUUACAACAAGAGAUAUAAUAUUAAGAAUCCUACUAAAAUCAUCAGAAAAGUCAAUACUAAACUUUCUUUUGGUUUUUUUUAUAUCAAUUAUGAUUAUAUAUAUAUAACUAGAAAUAAUCAAUUCUAUACUCAUACUGAGAAUGGAUUUAUUAAUAUAAGAAAUCGUUUUUAUCUAAUAGAAAAUAAUACUAAUAUCUUGCUAGCUUUUCUAUACAUAUAA